UCCCACUCCGCCCGCAGGCGUCUUCCCAAAGGCAACGCAACCGCUUUCUUCUCCGCCUCCUCUCCUCUCCCCUCCCUUCCCCGCGUCACCCCCCACCGCUCCACGCGAGUCCUCCUCCCCCAUUCCGCUCCACAAGCCGCAGCGACAGCCGCAGGCCAGGACCCGGGGGAUUUCGCUCCGCCGUCGUAGCCCACAGGCGCCGCGCGCGCGCGCAGGCAUUUCUGGUCCGGAGAGAUGUUGGGGGAGCUCCUCUCGAAGAUCCUGCUGCUGCUCUUCGGGUACGCGAUGCCGGCGUUCGAGUGCUUCAAGACGGUCGAGACGCGCCCCAACGACGCGCACAUGCUCCGCUUCUGGUGCCAGUACUGGAUUAUUGUGGCCAUGGUUAUAGCCUUCGAGAGCGUGAUCUCUUGGAUGCCAAUGUAUUCCGAAAUGAAGUUAGCUUUCUUUGUCUACCUCUGGUACCCAAAAACAAAGGGAAGUGAUGUUGUAUAUGACACCUUUCUUCGGCCCAUAGUGAUGCAAUACGAACCAAACAUUGAGCAGAGGCUACUGCAUCUGAGGGCGAAAUCCGGUCAACUGAUUAGCUUCUACGUCAAGAAUUUCGCAGACAAAGGGACGGCCUUCUUCAUGGAUGUCCUCCGCUAUGUCGUAUCUGAGAAACCUGAAGGAUCCAGUGCAGAGCAGAAGAACAAGAAGUCGGGCUGGAGCCCCUUCGCCACCAAGCGCCGGCCGCCGUCACCGCCACCGCAGGAGUCCAUUUUCGACAGCAACCCUGACGCGGCCGUGCUGGCCGAGGCUCUGCGCGCCACCAUCGGCGGCGCCAACCCCCGGCGACCGACAAACGGCAAGCAUUACUAGAGGAAAUCAAGAGACUCCUACAGAAACUAUAGGGGAUGAUUUCUGUUGUACAUAGAAUGAAUCGAAUCAAAGAAAGCCAGAGAAAAAGAAAAGGGGGAGUACAUAGCAAAAUCAGCAACCCAUUCACCAUUCACCAUUGUGAAGAACAGAUGGAUGUGUAUCCAGUAUUGUUGAAGUGAUAUGAUAGAAAUCGUUAGUGCAUCAGUAUGUUUCA